AUGUAUGUGCGGAAUGGAACUAUGGAGGAUUCCCAUCGUGGGAAGUAUGUACCGCAAAAAUGCAACACCAAUUGCGGAAGUCCAUCACAAAGGUGGUACCAUGUGCCAAGGUCAUUCUUGAAUGAUGACAUGAACACAUUGGUUUUGUUUGAAGAAAUUGGUGGAAAUCCUCAAAGUGUUCAAUUUCAAACCGUAACAACAGGAACUAUUUGUGCUAAUGUACAUGAAGGUGCUCAAUUAGAACUAUCUUGCCAAAAUGGACAAAUAAUCUCACAGAUACAAUUUGCUAGUUUUGGUAAUCCAGAAGGUCAAUGUGGUUCUUUUGAAAAAGGCUCAUGGGAAGCUUUAAAUAGUCAACAAGUAUUAGAAGCUGCAUGCAUAGGAAAAAAUAGCUGUGGAUUUAAAGUGACAAAAGAAAUGUUCGGUGUAACGCUUAGCACAAUGAGCGUUAAUAAUGAUAUAUCUAGAUUAGCAGUCCAGGUGACAUGUUAA